CUGCUGCUGUGCUUCUCUUCUCUCUCCCGUGGACAACUGCUGUAGUCCACUCUCCCAGCUAACAAUGAAGACAGCCGUGGCGGUCGCAGCUUGCUGGGCGGGAGGGAUCAAUGCAUUCAUUACGCCUGGCGUUCCGGUGGUACCGGUCUCAGCACGACAGGCUAGUAGCAGCAGUGGCAGAGUAGCAGCAACGACGAGGAUGGGCGUAUCGGACCGGGAGGGCCUCGCGUCAUCUGCGUGCUCCCGCUCGGAAGCUCUGAGCACGUUUGGCGCGGCGGUACUGGGAGCGGUCGUGGUCGGCACGGGGGUUCCUGCGCCUGCUUCGGCGGGAUCCGUCGCCGAAGCCAACAAGAGGCUCAGCGAGUACAACCUUCCCCCCGUGGUGGACGUGCCCGGCGGCUUCAACACGCUGCUGGAGGGGUACGGUAAGGACGGAGCCCUGAAGAACUCGCUCGGCUCCAGCAAUCGGGACCCCAUUCUUGUGACCUGGAACUACCCGAAAGGGUGGAUCGUCCAGAGGCCCAACACAGACACUAACAAGGAAGCCGGGACGGUUUCAACGGGGGACUACGGCAGGGGGGACUCGGCAGGGCUGUUCGUAGCGCCCAAGUCGCUCAUCGGAGGGUCCAGCCUUUCCAGCAAGGACACAAUGGAGGGGGUCCUCAAGAAGGCUCUAUCGCAAAAGGGCGAGAACCAGUUCCAAAGCUUCAAGCUGAAGAGCGUUAAGGACGGCGAGACAGACUUCAACGGAAACAAGUACUACAUUGCGGACUUCCAGUAUGAGCUGCUCACGGGGGCUGGCUUCACUGUGGAGAGGAAGGGGGUGGCAUCCGUCACCCAGAUCGGCAACAGCGUGAACGCGGUGGUGGGUGCGACGACGGCAAACCGCGCAAAGACGGUCAAACCGCAGCUGCAGGAGAUCGCUAGGAGCUUCCGCGUCUACGAGGGAAAAUUCGACUGAUUAUAGGUUGAUUGGGAGAUUUCGAUGAGACGAUCCGAGCAAUACUUCAAAGGAGAAAUAGGGUGAUGAUGUUGGCCUUUUAGGAUAGAGCUUACAGUUCCAAUAUUCAAUAGCCCUUGAACAACCGUACGUUUUUUUCGGCGGCUGUUCGAAGGAUGAAAACUAGAACGCUUUGGCUUGUUGCUCUUGUAGGAGUUUUGGGACUGCUGGUGGUACUUUUAGUACCGCUCGAACUUACGGUAGGACAAGAGGAGAAGGAGCCCUAGAGAGGGCGGUUCCUAGCACAGAGGCAUUUGUCGAUUUGUGUAGAUUAGACGCGAGCUCGACACGGGGGGAAGUACCGCUGACUCUAGACACUUAGUGCCGGUUUACGGGUUUAUUGCUCUGCUAUGUCUUGCUGGUCUUAGCUGUUGCUCUUGUCGAUUACUUCGAGUAUUUGAUAGAAGCAGUGAUUUUGUCUUUGGCUCGUCGCGGCCAACCACC